AUGUCCGGCUCCGGCAGGAAAGACUUCGACGUGAAACAUAUCCUUCGCCUCCGCUGGAAACUAUUCAGCCACCCCUCGCCGGCGGGCGGCCCGGCGGGGGGGGGCUGCUUGCCGCCCGACAGCAGCUUCGAGCACUGGGGGCCCAGCCAGAGCCGCCUGCUGAAGAGCCAGGAGAGAGGAAACGGCGCCUUCUGGAAGAAAUCCGCCUCCUCCGCCUCCUCCUCGGCGGCCACCACCGCCAGUCCGCCCAACGGGACGCUGCUGCCCGCCGGCGGCCGGCCCCGCGGGGGGCACGGCCCGGGGCCUCCGCCGCCCCGCACCGUCUUCUACGUGGAGUCCCUGGAGGAAGAAGAGGAGGAGGCGGAGGCGGCGCCCGGCAGGAUGGAGGUCGCCCGGGAACCCGAGAAGCCCCUGGCGCCGCCGGAGCAGAAGGAAGCGCCGAGGGGCUGCGCGGACGGCGGGUGUCCUGCAACAGGUGACGGAGGAGGGCACAGGCUGUCAGCAGCCAGCCAUCCUUUAUCACCUCACUGCGACAUAGAUUCAAGUACCUCUGAGGAAUUCUACCAGGCUGUUCACCACGCUGAACAAACCUUCAGAAAAAUGGAGAGCUACCUGAAGCAACAGCAGCUCUGUGAUGUUAUCCUGAUUGCUGGGGAUCGCAAGAUACCUGCUCACAGACUUGUUCUUAGUUCUGUCUCUGACUACUUUGCUGCCAUGUUUACAAGUGAUGUUUGUGAAGCCAAGCAAGAAGAGAUCAAAAUGGAAGGCAUUGACCCUAAUGCAUUAUGGGAUCUUGUUCAGUUUGCGUAUACAGGCUGCCUAGAAUUGAAAGAGGACACUAUUGAAAAUCUUCUAGCAGCUGCCUGCCUCCUCCAGCUCACACAAGUAGUAGAGGUUUGCUGCCAUUUUCUAAUGAAGCUUUUGCACCCGUCCAACUGUUUGGGAAUACGAGCUUUUGCUGAUGCGCAGGGAUGCACAGAGCUUAUGAAGGUGGCUCACAACUACACUAUGGAGAAUAUAAUUGAAGUUAUAAGAAAUCAAGAAUUUUUACUUCUACCAGCUGAAGAACUCCAUAAACUUCUUGCUAGCGAUGAUGUGAAUGUUCCUGAUGAAGAAACCAUUUUCCAUGCUUUAAUGAUGUGGGUGAAGUAUGAUAUGCAGAGGCGGUGCAGUGACCUAAGUAUGCUGCUCGCAUAUAUAAGACUACCACUUCUUCCACCUCAGAUCCUGGCUGACCUAGAAAACCACGCACUUUUUAAGGAUGACCUAGAAUGCCAGAAACUUAUUCUGGAAGCCAUGAAAUAUCACCUUUUACCAGAGAGAAGAACUCUCAUGCAAAGUCCAAGAACUAAACCUAGAAAAUCUACAGUUGGGACACUUUAUGCUGUUGGAGGAAUGGAUAACAACAAAGGUGCUACAACUAUUGAAAAGUAUGAUCUCAGAACAAAUAUAUGGAUCCAGGCUGGAGUGAUGAAUGGCAGGAGGCUUCAAUUCGGUGUUGCUGUCAUCGAUGACAAGCUGUUUGUCAUUGGAGGCCGUGAUGGUUUAAAGACAUUGAACACUGUUGAAUGUUACAAUCCAAAGACAAAAGCUUGGACUGUGUUACCACCAAUGUCAACACAUAGGCAUGGUUUAGGAGUUACAGUGCUUGAAGGGCCUAUUUAUGCAGUGGGAGGCCAUGAUGGUUGGAGCUAUUUGAAUACAGUUGAGAGAUGGGACCCUCAAAGUCAGCAGUGGACAUUUGUGGCAAGUAUGUCAAUUGCCAGAAGCACUGUUGGAGUAGCAGCAUUAAAUGGCAAAUUAUAUUCAGUUGGAGGUCGAGAUGGAAGCUCAUGUUUGAGUUCAAUGGAAUAUUAUGAUCCUCAUACAAAUAAAUGGAAUAUGUGUGCUCCAAUGUGUAAGAGAAGAGGAGGUGUAGGAGUGGCUACAUGUGAUGGCUUUCUUUAUGCAGUUGGAGGUCAUGAUGCUCCUGCUUCUAACCACUGCUCACGACUACUGGACUAUGUAGAAAGGUAUGAUCCAAAAACUGACACAUGGACAAUGGUGGCUCCACUGAGUAUGCCUCGAGAUGCUGUUGGUGUCUGUCUCCUUGGUGACAGGUUGUAUGCAGUAGGUGGAUACGAUGGGCAAACAUACUUGAACACUAUGGAAGCCUAUGACCCUCAAACUAAUGAAUGGACACAGAUGGCUUCCUUAAAUAUUGGAAGAGCUGGUGCCUGUGUUGUAGUCAUCAAGCAACCAUGACUUUGUCAGCACUGCUUAGGACUUUACUGAC